AUGCCUGUCACACUCCGCCGGCGCCUGGACUGUCACUACUGCGGGCGCAGAUCGAAAUUGCCAGCGGGGAAGAAACCUGGUCACAAGUUUCAAUGCGAGCACUGCCUUGCCGUCAAUUUCUUCGAUGAGAACGGGGAGAUCGCCGAUGUCCCCCUAGAAGAAGCCGCCCCGGCUCAGCGUUUCGCGCAGCCCGUCGCUACGAACCCUCUCUCCGACGACUUCUCUUCACAAGACUCGGUAUUCUGUUCGACAUGUCUGAAGAACCAGCAACUAUACACCUACAACCUCUCCCAAUUCCUUCCAGAUCCCGACCAUCCCGAGUACGAGAAACUGGAGGCCCAACUCCCAGAGUACAAGAAAGGACUCGAACAACGCUACCCCCAGUGCUGUGCCAAGUGCGAACCCAAAGUCAGAGCACAGUUGCAUAAGGCUACGUACAAUGCCAGAAGUGACCACCUUCGACGGGUGCUGGAAAAAUCACGACAAAGAAGGGUGGCCAGUCGAUGGGGGUGGAGAAGUCUUCUUCUCAGUGCCGCGGGACUGGGCCAUACAGUUAGUCUGACCUUACAAGUGCUCUGGCAUCUGUAUGGCUCUCAGGUGGUUGCAGGGUCGUCGAAUCGACAACUCAAACCUGUCGAAUGUUUCUCGCAAUUGCACUGUGUCCGCCAAUGCGCAGAAAUGAUGGAGCCCAUUGUUGGACUAUCUUUGGUAUUGGGUCUGCUAUGUAUCUGGUGGAAUCCAAAGUGGCAGCACAAGUUGUCCAACAGUGAUCAGCGAUUGUCGGGCCUGAACGAGUAUUAUCUGGCGCAGUUUCUCCUUCUGGGGCUGCGAUUCGGCGCUUGGAUAAUCUUGUUCCAUGUCCCUCUAUCGUUGCGACUGACAGCAAUCUUGCAUGCCUGUUUCGCGGUCGCAAUCACAGUGCUUGCAGGCUGGUCGAUUUUUGGAAUUACAACAGUCAAGUCUGGCCCUCAGAUUAAUUGGCACGAUGACCCUGCCCCUUUGCUGUCAAGCACCCAAUUCAGCCCUCCUGCGCCUUUCGAACAACCAGAACCCCAACAGCCAUCGAAUGAGCCCUUCAGCAUCCACAAUCUGGGAACACCUGCAAGACCAGCUUACCAGGCAUGGAAUCCUCCCACGCCUCCACCAGACAAUGCUGAAGCGAUGGACUGGACACCAUCCCAGCCGACAUUCCAACCUGAGCUCAAGCAGAUUCGGUACACAGCAACCGAGCCCACGCCAUUUCACGGAAAACUACCAGCAUUGAAUGCUCAAGGAGUCCUCAAAAAUCAGAGUCAAGCACGGACUGGUAGAGAGGCCAUUGGUCUCCCGCCAGGGUUUUUUGAUAAGUCACAGAAGUCGUUGUUUCCCCCUCGUCAGACUGGAACUGGCAGCGAGGCCAUAGCGCCACCAAAGUUUUUCGGGCACGAGCGACAUGCCGACACGGGCCUGGAAAGCAUCUUUGAUACCGUCUUCUCUCUCCAGGAUUCGUCCUUAGAUCAACCUGAAUCUGGAUCCAAAUCGGAUCCAAAGUUUUCCAAGGCUGUAUCAGGAAGAGAGGCCAGUCGCCACCAGUUGAACAAGGGGGAAGCUCUGUCAAUACCAAAACUCUUCAGCUGCUGGUCAAUCCUCUCGCUCGCAGUAGGCUUAGCGGCAUGGCUCUCCGAAGCUGCCAUGAGGCCUAAGACUUCCCCACUGGGUUAUUACACCGUCCUUCUCAGUGUGGUCGUACCGUUGGGUCACAUCACCAUCGUUCUUUGUCUGAAUGGUAUUCAUGGUCAAGCCGCAAGAAUACUCAUGUACGCUUUUGAAGCAGUCGUUUUGAUUGGGGUUGCCAUGGUCCAGGAGCGGUUUGGGGAACUGUUUAGGAAUGUGUGGGAUAAGCUCGCUAUUGCGGUCGUGGCUCUGCUGCUCCCUCAAGAGUUCCUGACACUGACUCGUUACCACUGGGCACCUCAGGUUCACCGUCAACCCAUUUUGCAUAACGCUGCUCCGUUACAGUCAAUCCCUGCAUUACCGACGCAAAAGUCACCCAAUCCACACCCCGGCGCUGCAGCGGCGCCAGUGCUUCAGCUCCCACGAACAGAUUCAAGCGACUCGGUCGAGAGUCUGAAGUCAAUGUCCACGACUACCACCACAGCAUGGGAGACCCCACGACCCGAGCAUUAUCGGUUUGAAUACACUGAUUCAUCCAACCCUCUUUCGACAACACCGAGGACAAGGUCUUCGGUUAGUCGGGAUCGUCAAUCACAAAGUUCAAGUCGCAAUACAUUGGGUGUCGAUGGCCUAUCACUGGGUGGAGGUGGCAGAUUCCCACGGCGUGAGAGCAUGGGCAUUUCAAAUACACUCAGCCGGAUGGGGCUCGGGUCUUCUUCUGGUUCAAGUAUUGCUGGGCCAAGAGCGAGACGGGGAUAUUGA